ACCGCGCCCGGGCCUCCGCGCCCCUCCCCCACCGGCCCGCGCCCCUCCCCCACCGGCCUCGCACUCCGCCCCGGGCUCCGCUCUAGCCCCACCCCCGGCUGUGCCUCCCGCCACGCCAAGGCUCCGCCUCCGGGGUGGCCCCGCCCCGAGCAUAGCCACGCCCACGGCCGGAGAACCCGGAACUUGGGUGCUGAUGCUUGGCUCCGCGGUCGGUCCUCCCUCCAUCCUUUCGCGUGCCGCGCGCGCUCAGGCGCACGCGUGGUUGGUGCCGCGCGGGAGGCUCGGCGGGCGCUCGGAGAGUUGCGCCGGACUGGGAGCCAGGUUGGCCGUUCCGAGCUUUCCGAUGUUCGCCCGGCCGCAUGCCCUCCCACCCCACCGCGGUGGUCCACGCGAUGGGUGCGUGGAAAGGGCAGGGUUGCCCGUUCCAGAUGGAACAGUUUUCCCACUCUCACCGGCCCUGCUGGGGACAGGAGAUAACGUCGGAGCGUGGCAUUCUGUGCUCUUGACCGGCCUGGAGAUGACCACUCUCUUGAGAGACCCCCGGAGCAGGGAGGGUGUGAAGACAGAGAAUGACCACAUCAACCUGAAAGUGGCGGGGCAGGACGGCUCAGUGGUACAGUUCAAGAUCAAGAGGCACACCCCACUGAGCAAGCUGAUGAAGGCCUACUGCGAGAGGCAGGGCUUGUCAAUGAGACAGAUUCGAUUCCGGUUUGAUGGACAACCAAUCAACGAAACAGACACUCCAGCCCAGCUGGAGAUGGAGGAUGAGGACACCAUUGACGUAUUCCAGCAGCAGACAGGAGGAACAGCCUCCCGAGGGAGCGUCCCCACACCCAACCGUUGUCCUGACAUGUGCUAUUGAGCGGUGACCA